AUGAAAACAUGGUUACCAUGCACAAAAACAAGUACAUCAUCAUGUGCUUGUCCAGCAACAUUUAUGCAUUCAUCAGUAAAUCCAUCACAUUGUAUUCCCAAUCAUUCACGAUGUCUUCAAUCAUGUAAAAAUAAUGUACAUUGUCAAUGUUAUAAUUUAUCUGAUGGAUACCGUUGUCGUGUUGCUACACGUAAUUGGGUCGAUAAUGAAUUUAAAGGUGGAGCAGUUGAACGUUUUCGUAAUCCAGUCAUACAUCCAUUAUUACAACGUAUGUGGACAGAUAAAUUUAACCGUCAACUUGAACGUAUACUUGUUGAUGUACGUGGUGGUGAACAUUUAUUUUUAAGUCCAAAUCGACAAACAGGUAUUGCUAUUCAUGAAGAAGAUGAUGAUUAUUUAAUAAAUGAACGUUGGACAAAAGUUGAUAUAAAUUCUACACAACAACAUAUUGUCUAUACACAAUUAGAACCAAAAACUCAUAAAUGUCGUAUGUCAUCAAUUCAUGAAGAUGGUUCAGUAACUCACGGUCAAGUUCAUACAUGUCCAGGCGCACCAAGUGGUGCACCAUAUUUUCUUGGUACUGCUUGUCAAAAUAUUCUCGUUUUAUGGCAUGGUAAUCGACAAUUAAAACUUCGACGACAAGAAGGUUGGGCAAUGACAAGACAUCAUUUUGAAGCUACUUUACCACGUUUACCUGUUUUACUUGAUCCAUUUCAUCGUUAUUAUUCAGUAUAUGAUGAUUCAAUGAUUGAAAUCAAAGAUUUAAAUGGUGAAGUACUUGUACAAUUUUUUACAGAUAUCAUUCAUCCAACAAGAUUUGAAUUCGUCGAUCAAUAUGGUACACUUUGGAUUGCUAAUCAAACACAUAUGCAAUAUUUUCGUUCCAAAAAUGAUCAAGCAUGGCUUGAUUUUUAA